AUGGACACUGAUGGCUGGUCUGUCCUACUGGUAUUCCCUCGUAUUACCAACGGUAGCAUUUCCGGUACUCUCGUUUCUGUUGUGGGCCAUCCUGUUGAGAUUGUGUUUAAAGUGGCCGAGAUAGCCAACGUCUCGGCCGACCGGGCCAGGCAGUUGCUGGAAGUCUGUGAUUAUGAUGUUGAAAGGGCCGUUACUUUACAUCUGGCCAACAAUGAGGAGGAGGAGGAAGCUCAGCAGCCUAGCAUGCCGGCAACAGCAACAGGGUAUACCAGACCGGACCACACCCCUACAAGGAGGACCAUGGCCCCGGCCAGGCAACCAACUGGUAUUAUGAUGAUUCUACGGACUGCGAUGUGGACUAUCUCAUUGGGCUUAGAUCCAACCCUUACUACACCACUUCUGGGUGGCCAGCAAGAGGACCCUACUAGAGGCUUCCAACGGCCGUGGUGGCGGACACUCAUCUCAGCCGUGGCCUCGUUCUUCCAGAAAUGCUUUGGUUUUCUUGGAUCAUGUUUUAAGGGCUUCUGGAGCUUCUUCGCAUCUGGAUUUGGUGGAGGUGCGGUAUACGACUUCAACGACUGGUUGGAAAAGGAUGCCAACUCGAGACCACACCCUCGGUUUUUUGAGGGUACAUUUUCACAAGCCCUCACCACAGCCCAGCGAUCGACUAAGUUUCUCUUCGUUUAUCUGCACAACUCGGGGCCACAUUACGCAGAGGCGACGCAGAAGUUCAAGUCGGAAGUCCUUCAGGGUGACUCAACUGUUCGGGAAUUACUGGACGAGAACUUUGUCUUCUGGGGUGUUGAUUGCAGCACCAUGCAGGGCUAUUCUUUAGCAUAUAGGGUGAUGCGUGCCCGAAGCUUCCCUUAUCUUUGCGCCUUGAUGCCCAGGAUGCCCGGAGGAUCCACCACGGGUUUGCAUACUGCCGUCGAGCCCGAUUCGGAACUACGAGUAAGCGGAGUACUGCAAGGCGAUAGUGCAUGUUCUGUAGAGCAAGUUACGGGGAUGUUGUUGAAAUGCGUAGAGGACCAGAACGAGAUGCGAAGUAGAGUUGAAGCGACGAGGCUUCAGCAACAGAUGGACCGCGAGCUCAGACAACAACAGGAUGAGGAGUACCAGGAGGCCUUGGCCCAGGAUAGAGAGGCGGAGCGAAACCGUAGAGAGGCCGAAGAAAGGGCCAAGAGGGAGGCUGAGGAGGAGAUGGAUCGGACACAAAGAAUACUGCAGCGGAGGGACAAAGCGCGGCAACGAGUGGAGGCGAUGGUACAGCCAGGAGCCGGUGAAAGCAGUGCCCAUAUCGUCCUCAAGAUGCCAAGCGGGAAGCGUUUUGAUCGGAAAUUCCUGGCUGAUGCCACUGUGGGCGACUUGUACGACUGGGCUGAUGUUUGUGUUGAUGACUCCGCGCAAGGAGAAGAGGAGGUCGACCAGGAGGACAGCCUUGGAUACUUUGAGCUCAGCACAGCGUUCCCUGUGACCAAACUUCGCGGCCAACGCGAUAAAACACUGAAAGAUAUGGGUCUUAUGCCCAACGCCGUGGUGAUGAUUGCUCCCAUUGAUCCCGAUGAGGACCCUCAGUUCGACAAGUCAUGCUGAUUGUGUGUCAUUGUUUU